UUUUUGUUUUGGCUUAACCUCCGCUUCCAAAACAUAAUAGACGCAGAGAGCUCUCUGAGGUCAGAAUCAAUGGCGGCGGCUAAGGCUUCGUUGAAGAUUAAAGGGAAAGGAGGAAAAGGAUCAAAGGAACCAUCGUCAUCAAAGUACGAGGUCUUCAAGGAUUGGACCAACUGGUCGCUGAAGAAAGCAAAGGUCGCGACUCACUAUGGAUUCAUCCCUCUCAUCAUCAUCCUCGGCAUGAAGUCAGAUCCAAACACUCACCUUUUCCAGCUUCUCAGCCCCGUUUGAUCUUCUCAAUGUUUUAGUCCUUUUACUUCCCCAAUUAUGUUCUGUUUUUUAUUUUGUUUGUUUCUGAAUCUAUAUAACUCAAAGUUCCGUUAUUUUUUUGCAAA